UGUUACUGGGCCAAGUACAUUUAAGCGAGACCGGUUUCUCUUGAAAGCUGCUGUGGCCAUGGUGUGGCUCCGCCAAAACCCGGAUCAUAUUCUUUCCACGACCAGAGAAUGGUUGUUGUUUUACUUCGGAACUGCCUGGCUGUUUACAUACAGUGAUAUGAAGACUAUAGUAUUUCCACAAAGCAUAUUCGGAGCCUCAACGGCGUAUGCAGCGUGUCUCUUCGAACAGCCCCUUGUGGCCCCCCACGAAACUCCGAGCCUACUCCUAGCUCGUUAUUCGUUAGCCAUCGUCUGGACAUGGUCGAAUCUGCUUCCCUUCGAUAUCUGCAAUCAACUGAGCCAGGAAGCAAUCGACGAAGAUCGUAUCAACAAGCCAUGGAGACCAUUGCCUUCGGGGAGAAUCAACAGGAAAAAUGCUUUGUAUAUGAUGUAUACCCACUAUAUCUUGGCAAUUCUUAUCAGCAUAGGUCUCGGUGGACUCCGCCAAUCCCUUCUUCUCAUUCUUCUCGGUGCGUGGUAUAACAUCGGUGGAGGUGCCAACAACAACUUUGUGACUCGCAACUUCAUCAAUGCGGCCGGGAUUCUAUCAUUCGCAUCCGGAGCAAUGGAAGUUGUCUUAGGAUUUCCUCUCGUGGUUACGAAGCCCUCAGUAGAGUGGCUUGGUAUCUUGGCUUUAGUUAUAUUCUCGACGAUACAGAUGCAGGACCUUCCCGAUAUCGAGGGAGACUCAGACAGAAACCGUAAAACGAUGCCACUCGUCGUCGGAAACACAAUAACGCGUUGGGUUACGGCGAUAUUAGUCCUAGUAUUCAGUGGACUACCCCCCACGUACUGGCGGUUAGACUGGUAUAGCUUCAUUGUUCCGCUACUUUUGGGAACGCUCGUGGCUACUCGAGUGACUUUUCUUGCUUGGCUGUAG